AUGAUUAAAGUAGGAAGCCAAAUUCUUGCCCUUCCUAAAGGAAAAAUGACAUAUAUUCUCCAACAAUCCAGAAAGUCUGGUAUCUGCCAGCAGGAUGUUCCAAUGAUGCUGGACACCAUCCAUCAGUGCCCCAGUGUUCCUACCAAAUGUGGUAAUGAAAUGUAUGGUAGAUUCACCCUCAUCAGCCUUAUUUUUGUAUUGGAGAAGGCUUUCCCUAUCAAUGGUGUCUACCCUGUUUUUGGCUUGGAGGACAAAUCCUGCCUUAUACCACCUGUUCCUGAAUCUGGAAGUAAGGUCAUCCCUGAAAUGCUGAUACGUACCACUAUCCAAGCAUAUACAUUUGACUCUUAUAAACUGAGACUUAGGAUUAUUUUUGCAAAUAUGUGGAGGAUGUUAGCUGGUGGCAUGCAGAAGGGAGUUAUAUUCAGGGAACUUAUGGCUGCAAGUUUGAAAGUGGAUGAAUGUCACGUGGCUCAACCAUCUGAGCUUUGUUUUGCUAGCAGCCCAGGCACUGGCACAGAGAGAUUGUUAGACACACAUUUCAGUAACAUGGUGAUUGGUGGAAUACACUCAAUUUAUCCUAUUCUGCAAAGGCAAGAUCAAGUGAAAACUGAUGACUUUGUUGGCUGUAUAAAAGAAUUCAAAGUAAAUGGAAUCCGUCUAGACCCUGAUCAAGCAAUAACAUCAUAUAAUAUCAAGAAAAGGUGUUCACGUUUAGAACCUAUGUGCCACAACAGUACCUGUAUGAAUAAUGAUUUAUGUACAGACCACUGGUUCUUUUACAUUUGUCAGUGCAUGAAAGGAUUCACUGGACCUCACUGUGAACAGAAAAUAUCAGCACUCAUUGCUAUUCAAUUUGAUGGGAAAUCCAGGCUUGAUUAUAUUAUAAAAGAGAGUUUCAAACGUAAAAUUAUGAAGGAACACUUAGAGAUGCCAACGGAUAAGAGGACAAUACCGAUGAAUGUUAGCAGUAUGGAGAUAAAGUUUCUUACAAGAAAAAUGAAUGGACUGCUUGUUCACAUUCAAGAAGGAACCAGCUAUACCUCUAUAAAGAUCUUUGGAGGAAAGUUACUGUACACUUCUGAAACUGGACAGGAGGGUUACACGCAGCUUGCCAUGGAUGAGAUUACAGUUUCUGAUGGCCAAUGGCACCUGCUGGCAUUAGAGAGAGAUGUCAGCUCUACCAAGAUCUUACUUGAUAAUCAACAUUUCAAAAAUGUUACCAGUCUGACACAAGACUUUGGAAGCAGCAAUGUGGAAAUAAUUUAUUUAGGAGGGAUGCCAUACUCACAUUCCAGAUUUGGGAAUGAACCUGGGUUCGAUGGCUGCAUUGAAUACUUCAUGUAUAACAAUAUGGCCCUUCCUUUCUCUGGCAUGAAUGAAAUGGCUGUUAUUCAUUUCCAUCAACAUUCAGUGCAAGUCAAAUGCACAGAACAAGAGUCCUGUAGUAGCAUGUACUGUUCUGGAGAAUCUGUUGCCAUUGCAUGUCUAACCCACCCAUGCCAUAAUGGGGGGACAUGCUUCUUCUCUGAAGAUGGUGUAAAUUACUGCAUUUGCAAAUUCUUUUUUACUGGUCCAUUGUGUGAGCUCUGUUUGACAGAAGCUAAUGAAGUUACAGCCUGUGGAGAAAUGGAAUCAAGCAUUCCAUAUUGGGCUUUAGCAGUAAGUGUUCCUGCCGUUCUUUCCUUUAGUGCAUUGGUUAUUAUUGCAUAUAUGAAAUACAAGCGUACAUCUAAUGAGGAUGAAAGAGAAAAAAGGAGAACAUUAGCAUUAUGUGAGAAAGGGAAAGACAACAAAGCAUUUGAGUUUGACGAUACCUGUGUUACAAACAUAGACGUAGCCCAGGAUCCUGAAAGGCAGUCAGGUGUAAUCAAAGGCAAAAAUGGUCAAAAUGCAAAAUGGAGCGAAUGUCAUGAAUCAGAGCAUUACAACCUAGACAAAACUAGCAGCAUUUCACUAUUUGGUAAUAUUGAUAUUACACUCUGCCAUCCAGUCAGUAAUCCUGAAAACAUGUGCCAGACAUCCAGCAGAACAGAACUGCAGUCUUUGGAAACAAAUAUGUCUGCUACAAAUUUAACUAAUGCUGAAUUGUCUAUGAAAAAAACACUGGCUGGGCUACCACCGUUCCUCAGAGAACACAUGUCUGUUGGCUAUAGAGAACACCUGCAGGUCACUAAACUGGCUACAACUGUUACUUCCAGCUGUCCAAGCCAGAAGAGAAGCUUGGCCGUUGAGGAAGCUCAGCACAGUGGAAAGCAAUACUCAGAAUCUCAGCUGAUGUAUGGGUCAGUACCUAUCAGGCAUAAGUAUGGAACUCCCAUGGCUCUCUCAUCAGAAGAGGUUGAAAAAAUAUAUGCCCCAAGAUUAUCAAUGGCCAACAUAACAACUGCACAGAAUGUAGCAUAUCAAAAUGCUAUGAUGCAUAGGAAAUCUCAAAUGAUUUUCACAUCCACAGAGAAAGAAGUAGAUACGCUUUCCUCAGACAGUGACUCUUACAGUUCUUUCACAUGUUCGGAAUAUGGCUGUGACAAGGAAGCCUUCUUCCUAUAUGACCAUUCAAAUGUGACUAUGUGCAGAAAACAGAUUGCAGUGGGAGAUGCCACUACAGAAAAUCACAAAACAAAUAAGUCUGAUGUCUGUCAGACUAUUACUUGGAAUUUGGACGAGGAUACAAAUCAAAGUGCUUCAUUUUGCAGUCAUUCAGCCAUUAACAUAUCUGGCAAUUGGAAAAACUUGAUAAACAUUGGACCAAGACUUGAAGACUAUGUAGAAGUUUUUAAAGACCUUGCAGAAAUACCUUUUAAGUUAAAAAAGGGGCAAACAGUUAUAUCAAGGAACAAGCAAUGACAAAGGAAGAAAUGUUCUGAUAUUGUUUUAUGAUUAAUGCUAACUAAAUGUAAAAAGUGAUUAAACAACUCAUGUUUUUCUGAACAAACAUAACCAUAUAAGCUUCCUGCAAGUAAGACCUGGGUCUUUUCUGCUUUAUCUGGCCAUUUUCUUACAUUCUGUAGUACUACUAAUUUCAUUUGGUCAUCUUUAUCCACCACUUUCAUUUAUGAAGUUUGCUUUAUAUCAAUCCCAUGCAUAUUUAAAAACUUAACUUCCAUUUCCUUUCGCAGCAGUUAAACUUGGAGACUGUUCCAUGCCUGCAUUACACUUCCCCUACAUACGGUAUAUUCUCAUGUCUUCCUAAAGUCUGGGAUUCAUAACAUUCUCUCGUUAACUGUCAUUUGUUCUAAAUAACAUUUAAUUCUGUCAUAUUCAUUCAGUUAGCUCUUUCUUCUAAUGUCUUGUGGUUGCUCACUUCCUCUUGCACUGCAACUUUUGAACUAUAUUUACCCAUGUUUUCCUCCAUACUUUGCUUACAGAAUUAAGCUCAGUGUUCCAAGUGAGGUAUGUGUGCUGGAGCAGUAACUUCAUGUUUUUAUUUGUGGAAUGUUUCCUUUCCUUUUACAAGUAACACAAUACUCCACCAACACUGUACUUAGAGAUAAAAUGCCAAAAGAGCAUGACAUUCAGCCAUGUCUUUGAUAAUAUGUUUCAUAGUUUCAUAGUUUCAUAGUA